CAGAUUCGUUUCUGCUGAGCCAUGAUGGAAUUAUUCGAUUGAAGAAGAGUGAGUGAGAGGGCCUUCUAAGAAGAGAGUUAACAUUCAGAAGAGCUGUAAACCAGGAGAAAUCAUGGUGAACUCUGAAAACCUCCAUAGUGCAACAUGAGAGAGUGGCAGCAGGGGAAUACUGAAUACGUGGAUCUAAAGUUCAGGAAGCAUACCUGUGCUGAAGAUGGACAUUUGAAAGAACCAAAAACUAUGGGGCAUAUGUGGUCAUCAACCAUAUGGAAGGACAUGAUUUUAGGGACCAUGGCAGGAAGUUGGAGUACAUAGACAUUUAUAGAAUGGGUCAAGAAAAUGAAUUUAUAAUGCAUAAAACAGUGUUAUAAAAAAGUACCUGAGAAGAAGUUUCCAUUAGGAAGAAGGCAAACCUGGAGAGGGUGGUUUCACAAGUGCCAAAGGAGUAGUGAUCAGUAGUUUAUGAUGCCAAAGGUCAAUCUUAAUGUAAUAACUGAAACUUUUUCAUUUUGCCAUUACUAUGUCACUGACAUAGGACAGAAUGGCUGCCAUACAGUAGCAGAGAAAGAAGUCGCAUAGCAAGUGAUUGAGGAGUGAGAAAGAUCUAAAUGAGAUAUUGUCAAUAUUAUUCUUCCAGAAAGCAGUUCAAGGUAGGAAAUGAUAAGAGAUAUUGAGCAAUAUUAAUGCUAGAGACUGAUACGUUAAUUCCUUUAAUAUUCAUAACUCUUCACUAAUGUUUUUCAACUGCAGAUGAAUAUACUGAGGCUCAGAAAGAGUAUGUAACUUGCCUAUUUACCCUACUAAUAAGUGGCAGAAUGAGAAUUCAGGCUCAGAAUGUUGGAUUUGAAUCCAUGCUACUAAUCAUCAUGCUAAUAAAGAGAUUAGAGAUUUAGGCACGUUAUACCAUUAUUUUGAAUAUGGGAAAUGUCAAAACACAAAAACACCAGGUAACCAAAAUACCACUUACAUCUACACUGCCUUGAUUUCCUUCCCUGGUAGUUGAGUGUACCCUCUUCUUCAGUCACAGGUAGCUCUUCUGGGGAUAUGGAGAGUGGAAAUCUAUCAGCAGUAACUGAGUUUGUCUUCACUGGGUUCCCCCAACUCCAGGAUGGUGGCCUUCUAUACUUUUUUCCUUUACUUUUCAUCUACACUUUUAUUGUAAUUGGGAACCUAAUGAUCUUCUUUGCUGUAAGGCUGGAUCCUCGUCUUCACAAUCCCAUGUACAAUUUCAUCAGUAUCUUCUCAUUUCUGGAGAUGUGGUACACCACAGCCACCAUUCCUAAGAUGCUUUCCAAUCUGAUCCGCAGUCCAAAGACCAUCUCUUUCAUUGGCUGCCUCUUGCAGAUGUACUUCUUCCAUUCACUUGGAAACACUGAAGGGACCUUGCUGACUGUCAUGGCCAUAGACAGGUAUGUUGCCAUCUGCAACCCACUCCACUACCCAACCAUCAUGACCCCCCGACUAUGUGCUCAGCUCUCUGCUGGCUCCUGUAUCUUUGGUUUCCUCAUCCUUCUACCUGAGAUUGUGUGGAUUUCUACCCUGCCUUUCUGUGGUCCCAACCAAAUCCAUCAGAUCUUUUGUGAUUUCACUCCGUUGUUAAAUUUAGCCUGCACAGAUGCCUCUGUGAUCUUGGUGCAAGAUGUGAUCCAUGCUCUUGCUAUUCUAAUAACAGGUCUGAUUAUUUCUCUCUCUUACAUCAGAAUUAUCAUUGUUAUCCUGGGCAUCCCUUCAGUUGAGGGUCGUAGAAAGGCCUUUUCCACCUGUGCUGCGCACAUCGCUGUCUUCCUGCUGUUUUUUGGCAGCGUGGCCCUCAUGUAUCUUAGAUUCUCUGCUACUUAUACAACAUUCUGGGACACUGUCAUUGCUCUAACAUUCUCUGUACUUGCUCCCUUUUUCAAUCCCAUUAUAUAUAGCCUGAGAAAUAAGGAUAUGAAAGAUGCUAUUAAGAAGCUCUUUUGCUCCCAAAAGGUGUUUAAUAAAUCUGGUAUGUAAUUUAGGUGGCAGUACUCUAUGUAAAUGGAACUUCACAAAAUAUCGAGUUCAAAGAGACCAGAAUGUCAAAGAAUUACAUAUUUAGUCCACAUUUCUUCCCAGUGAGCUGGUGAAUUGACUGGUAAAGAAAGUCCCCUGAGGACUUACAGUGAUGACCAUAAAAAUAAUUCUACUCCUUAUCCAGGGUCAGUGUAAUUACUUUUCUGUCUCUAUAGUUUUGUUUAUUUGAUUUUAAUUUACUCUGUUACUUCAAAAUGAUUAUUUGCAUAAAUGUUAAUAAUACUAAUGGGUAUUACCUUUAUCUAUUAAGUAAUACCUUCCUUUGAUAUUUAAUCAGCCUUUAUAAUACUCUUUGUGUCCUGAUAAAGCCCAUGUAGUUGAGUGAAAGUACACACUAACUCACUCUGCUACUAUGGUGAUUUCCCUAAGCCUUUUCAGUAAGUUUCUGGACAUUAAGAAGAUGCAAGAAUUCCUGGCAUCCAGGCCUUAAACCCUAUUCCCCACUGUGGUUUCUUUUC